AUGAACAGUGGCCGCUCCAGUCCUGCCAGCAGCCAUCAUGGUGUGCGUUCCGUCGCUUGGGAGCCGUCGAAACUACGAAACGGCCAUCCGUCUGUUUCCACACAGAAUCAAGGCUUCCUCGGUCACAUGCGUCGCAUAUCGAACAGUCUACCACUAUUCGCCUCCGACGAAAAGGACAAGUUUGGAGCCAGUUCGUACAUCGACAAGGUGCCUCUUCUUGGAAGGAUAAAGCUCAUUUUCGGCCGCAUGGGCCGCAAGCUCAAAUUUCGGUUGCUUAUUGGCUUCUUGAUUCUAUUUUGCGUCUACGUCUUCUAUCACUCUCCCCUUAUCUACUGGUACCGUCGCGCCGCCUGGGGCGGCGGCGGCUCCAAGUUCGUCAUCGUCCUCGCCGCCAAUGUUGGCGGCGGUGUAAUGGAGUGGAAGGGGGCUCGUGAAUGGGCCAUUGAGCGAGACAGCAUACGAAACAAACGCAACUAUGUCGCCCGCUGGGGCUACGACCUCGAGAUCGUGGACAUGAGCACCAAGAAGCGAUAUGCACACGAAUGGAGGGAAAGUUGGGAAAAGGUUGACUUUUUGCGCAACGCCAUGCGUAAAUACCCGGAUGCUGAGUGGUUCUGGUGGCUUGACCUUAAUACGAUCGUCAUGGAGCCCACAUACUCGCUGCAAGACCACAUUUUCGACAGCCUCGGCAAGAAUGCGUACCGCGAUAUCAACGACUACAACCCCCUCAACAUUACCCACCCUUUCACCGACCCGUAUCUCGACGAAGACUCCCGCAGCCCCAUUGGUGACGGAAACCCCAACUCCGUCAACCUGCUGCUCUCGCAAGAUUGCUCUGGCUUCAACCUUGGCUCCUUUUUCGUCCGCCGCAGCGCUUGGACUGAGCGCUUGUUGGAUAUUUGGUGGGAUCCCGUGGCCUAUGAGCAGAAGCACAUGGCCUGGGAGCACAAGGAGCAGGACGCCCUCGAGUCCAUGUACGAGAGCCAUCCUUGGGUCCGCCAACACACCGGGUUCUUGCCGCAGCGCAUGAUAAACAGCUUCCCCCCUGCGGCUUGCGGUGACGGCACUGGUGCCAACCUCACACGCUUUCACUACCACGAGAAGGAUCGUGAUUUCAUGGUCAACAUGGCUGGCUGCGAAUGGGGCCGUGACUGCUGGGGUGAAAUGUACCAUUAUCGUCAGUUCAGCUACUGGCUCAACCGCAACCCGUGGGAGCGUUUCAAGGAGGACUUCGUUGCCGUCAUUUGGUACCACCUUACCGGCCAGCAUGUUCGCCUAUAA